AUUUCAAUCACGGAAUUUUGCGAAAAAUAAUUAUCAAUCAUUUAAAUGUCUUCAAUGAAAUAUAAGGAAAUAUUGCAUUUAGUAUACAAAUAUUUAUUUUAAAAGUUAAUCUAAUUCAUAAAAAACUAUUUUUAUUUUUUAUUGAUAAGGGAAAAGGUGUUGUGCAACUUGCUUUUUCGAGUUCCAGACGUUUAUAAGUGUACUCAAGAAUGUGUCCCCUUUGGCCGCUACACCUCAUUAUCCUGUAUCUGCUGGCUUUAGGGCCAUUAUGGGUACUCUGCCAGUCAGUGCCAAACAUCAUAGCUUCGUUCCACCCAAUGGAAAUAAAGCUGAACAUGGGAGAUAAUGCUUUCGUACAAGUUGUUGUAAAUGGUACGGGACUUCUACCAAACGAUGAAAUAAUAGCAAAAGUAGAUAUAGAGCAUAUAGCGAGUGCUCAAUGGAAUUCGUCAUAUAAAUUAGCUGACGACUAUGUUGAUGGUCAACUGUUUACCGCACCUUUGACAGUACAUGGGAACUUCCUAGGAAGAACGGAUUUCGUCAUAGAAGUGAAAAGAGACAAGGAGGUGUUUGCAGCUAAUGGGACGUUGCCUGUCAUAGUAGUGCGACCAUCCCGAGUCAUAGACAAAUUGUUUACGAGCAGUGUUGCUAUAUUUGUGUCGCUAAUAUUUAUAAACUUCGGCUGUGCUAUGCAUUGGCCGACUGUAAAGGAGGUGCUGAUAAAACCAGUUGGGCCAAUCAUUGGAAUGUGCGGCCAGUUCCUGUUCAUGCCACUUUUAUCCUUCGGCCUAAGUUAUGUGAUAUUCCCAAAUUCAGCAGCUAUGCGCCUGGGCAUGUUUUGUACGGGGGUGUCACCCGCAGGUGGCGCCUCAAAUAUAUGGACGUUUAUAUUGGGCGGGAAUCUUAAUUUAUCACUCGCUAUGACAUCUAUUUGUACUUUGGCGUCAUUUGUAUUUAUGCCAGCGUGGCUCUUCUCCCUCGGCCAAGUUGUGUUUGGUAACGCAAACAUCGUGGUGCCGUACAAGCAUAUCGCAUACUUUGUCGUAUGCCUCAUCGUACCAUUGUCGAUAGGGCUGGCAAUGCAGCGGUUAACGCCUAGAAUAGCAGCGUUCAUGGUGCGGAUUUUAAAGGCUUUUUCGACAACCUUACUUCUGUUUAUAAUCGUGUUUGCGAUUAUUACAAAUCUAUAUAUAUUCGAGCUGUUCACAUGGCAGAUAAUUGUAGCCGGCAUGGGUAUUCCAUGGCUCGGUUACGUGGCGGGGUAUUUAGUGGCUAUCGCAUGCAAACAGCCUCACCCAGAUGCGUUAGCCAUAUCAAUAGAAACCGGUAUUCAAAAUACCGGCAUUGCGAUAUUCCUCCUGCGGUAUGCUUUACCGCAACCAGAAGCUGAUCUUACAACAGUCGUUCCUGUAUCGGUGGCUAUAAUGACGCCCAUACCUAUGACGAUGAUCUACAUCUACCAGAAAAUAAGGGGAUGUUUGGGAGGUACGCCUACCGACGAAGAAAUGAGCACAAGAAAAUCCUCGAAGAUAUCUCGCCAAUAUCAGACAGAGCAAACGCCGGCCUCGAUGGAGCCACUUAUGACACUAAAUAAAGAGGCCUAAAAUAGCUCAUAUUAGAUCUUUUUACGCAGAGAAAAUGUUAAAUAGAAAUCUAAUAUAAAAAAUAAAUGUGUCGAUUGAUUGUGAUUGGCCAGAUCGUCUCGAACGAAUCCAGUGACCACGACCAGUCGCUUCGAUUUUCAAAUACGCCUGCAUUCUAUAUUCGAAAUUUUGUUUUUUUUUUAUUGCCGGUAUUUGCUUUAAAAAUCAAUAAUUCAUACAUAUUACGAGCAGCGGAGGUCUUACCACGAACAAUACGAAAAAUCAAAAUAAAAGUCAAUACAGGCUUUUGUAUCGAAAACUUAGAGCUUACAUACAAAUUGUAUGGUAAAUGGUCCAGUUCAAUGUUUACAGCUUCGUAUUGAUAAUUCGAAUGUAUCCUUGCUAAGGCCUCUGCUCUUCUGGAUUUUAAACACGCCAUUAUGUAUAGCGAAAUAAGUACUUCUUUAUCCAUA